AGGUCGACCAAGGAAGGAGGAAGCUAUGGAAAAUUCAAAUACAUCUACACCUGUGUCACCUGGACAGAAAAGACCGAUUGGUCGGCCAAGAAAGAAUGUAGAUGUUAAAACUCCAAGCACAACAUUUGAAUUGAAGGAAGAUGUCCUGGUUUCAAACUCAACAUCUCAACCCAUGUCAACUCCUCAAAAAAGACCUGUAGGCCGUCCAAGAAAGGUGCAUACAAAUUCAAUUAGUGCCUAUGAAACAAUAAUUAGAGGACAAGCUAGACCUCUUAUCGUAAAGACAGCAACAACAUGUAAUAAUACUUAUAUUCACGCAAAUGGUUCAUUUUAUUGUUUAUAUUUGUAGAUAUACCAACUGAUAGUGGUUUGUUUUCAUCUUAUUAUUUGUAUUUGUCAUGUAUAUAUUCAUUUUGUAGGCCACCUUCGUCCUUUAUU